UAGAUGUCGAGAUGGUUAUCUGCCUACUUCUAUAUGUACACGAAUGACACGAAGAAGAUUAGUGAGUAGGCAUGAGAUAACCUCGGCUUGAAAUAAUACAAUAUUUUUUGUUAUAAUGGUGUAAAUACAUGCUCCAAAGCGGAAUCAAUUCUCUGAUUUGUUAUUUACCGUGUUACAUACGUCAAAAUGAAUUUAAGUAAGACCGAGAAACUCCUGGCUGCCAAGAAGAAGCUCAGAGAGUUUCAACUGAGUAAAAUGCAAAACAAUCAGGAUGUUCCUACCAAGCAGAAACAUUCCAUGGAUCUGUCAUCUCCACAGUGCCAAGAUGCAAAAACUAGUAAAUCGAAUUUAGAAAUUAUGAAUAAUAUUGUAACGAUAGAAAACAGUACGAAUGCAUCACAAAAUAAUGUACAUACGACACAUCAGGAUUUUCAACAGAGUGAGACAGUAUCUAUGGCCCCAGUAUCAAUUAUAGAAAAUACAAAUCAUGAGGAGUCACAAAAUUCUAUAGAGGAUACAGUGCAAGAUGUGCAAAGGAUUAAUUCGAGUCUAGAAACAGAGAAAAAGCAAGUGGAUUUGGCUGACUUUCCAAAAGUACAGAAAGAUCACCUGUUAGACAUGGCUUCUGCAGUAGCAGAUGUUCUAACGAAUGAAUCGGAUAACGUGGAGACAUCCUUGGAUUCUGAUUUAGUAUGCCGUAAUCAAUUCCUAACUUCCUAUUUGGAAGAACAGAAAAAAACUAUUAACGAACUGCACAUAGAACUCAGUAGCGCACGUAGUAGAAUUUUGGACCUAGAAACCAAAUUGAAAGGCAGAGAAGCAGAAUACGAAGCUCAGUUGGCGCGCGAAGUGAAUCCUUUGAAAGAACAGCUUCACCUUCACACGCAGACAACUGGAAUCCUGAUCGCGGAAAAAGCUGAACUCACUGCCGCUCUUAAUCAAGCUCAACAAGCUAUUAGGCAAAAUUCUGAAGGAGCCGAAGAAAUGAUGGGGAAAUUAAAGAAUUCACAGAUGUACGUGGCCGAAUUAGAAAAGGAAGUUUCCAAUGUAAAGAACUACAAUGAGGAGCUGAAAAAGAAUUUCCAUCUGCUGCAAAGCGAUUACGAUACCCUCGACAAAAAGUAUUUCGAGUUGAAGAAAGAAAGGGAAGAUUUGCAUUUGGAGGUGUCGGAACUGAAGCAAAAAUUGAAUCUAAAGAAAACCGAGUUCAUCGCCGUCCAACAAGAGCUUCAAGAGAAGACGGCGCUACUUUCGUUGAGCGAACUUAGAAUACAACAGAUGAGAGGUGCCACGCCGACGGAAGAGGAGAAGCACGCGUCGAUUCUCACGGAGCAGGAAUUGGCGCAAACGAAGGAAUCUCUGAAAGCUGUUACUGCCGAAAGGGAUGAAGCCAGCAGACAGUAUCAAAAUUAUGUUAAACAAUUGGAUGCCCAGCAGACGAAAUUGUUAGAAGAGAUGAAAGCACAGAAAAAAACGAUUCAAGAUUUGCAACAGAGGGAAGGAGACUAUGUGCGUGCACUGUCGGAACUUGAGCAACAGUUACAGCAGGAAAGAGAGAAGGUGGAGAACUUGUCACCUUUGCAAGAUCGCAAAGAGCAGAUACUCACAAAGAUGGAUACUCUACUGAAAAAUAUAGACGAAUUGACCUUGGAGCAGGAAAAGCUUCACAUCACUCUAUCUGAAAAGGAUACACAGAUCGAAAUGUUAACGAAAGAAUUGAACGACUUACGAGAAACGAGUAAUCAGGAAGCGGAGGUAACGAAACUGGCCAGCGCCCUCGAAAGCGAACAGCUCGGGGCGUCGAGAGCGAUUCACCAGAAUCGACAAUUGAAGGACCAGUUGACCGAUAUGGAGAACGCUUUCGUUUCACUAAGUAAUGAUAAGUUGGACUUGACUGAACAACUUCAAGCAGAACGUUCCAUAGGACGUAAAUUGAACGUUCAAUUAAAUAACACUGAAAGCGAACUGCAACAGCUGAGAGAAACGUUGCGAGAAAAAGAAGCGCUACUCGAGGAAUUGGAGAAGGAGAGGCUUCAGAGCGCUCAGAUAGCCGAUCAGAUGCAGCAUUAUCAAGCUCAGUCGCAUCACGCCAACACUUUCCAAAGGGAACUUCAAAAAGCCUUAGUUACCAUAGAAAGACUAGAGAAGGAGAAACAAGAGCUGACAGUACAAUUGAGAGAAAGGAGUCGAGACAACUCCGUCACGGAAAUCGAUUCCCUUUCUCCGAACGCUGAUGGUAAUAUUUUAAAUUCGAAGGAAGACGCGCAUGUAGAAAAUUUGAAUGAAGACAAUAUUCUGGUGUCGGAACCUGUAAAACAACUUGAGAGAAGAUUUAAAGAAACGAUGGAACGCGUUGCCGAACUCACGGAAGAGAAACAGAAGCUCGAACACCUCGUUUUGCAGCUUCAAAGUGAAACAGAGACGAUAGGAGAGUAUAUAACGUUGUACCAGAAGCAAAGAGCAAUCCUACAAAAUAGAGCUAUCGAAAGGGAUCAAGUGUUCCGACAGUUGCUCGAUCAAAGGAAUCAGCAGCAAGAACAGCUGCAUAAAUUAAAAGUACUGGUUAGCGAUUUCCUUAGAAGAGAAUAUAUACAUUCCAAUGGGGCGGAGCAUCUAGUUGAAACAGCCCUAGAUGCCAACGAUCUGACGUUAUCGAAAAGUAAAAAAGAAGAAAUCGAACCUCCAAUGGAGAAUAAAAGCGUUUCGGAGCUGCUCGAUGUUUUAACAGAAAUCAAAGAUUGUAAGGAUUCGUGCAUGUUCGAACCGAAUUUCCAUCCGUGUCCUUGGUGUUCAGGCAAAUUACUCACGGUAUAAAUACGAAAGAUGUGUCACAACACAUGUCUUAUAUUUUUAGUAUAAGAUUUAUUAACACGAGAUUUAUAAUUGACAACGAUUUGUAGAAUACAACUGUAUAUAUAAUAUAAAAAUCUGUAACGACUA